AAUUUCCUGAUAUGAUAAAUGCUGAAGCACGAUUUAAUAGUAGGUUGGCACAACAAAACUUAAAUCAAAAUAAUGAUGUUUUAUUAGAUCCAAUAGAUAAUGAUUUAGGCGAAGAUGAUGAAGAAGCAUUGAUGGUUAAUAAUGAAGGGAUUGAUAAUGAAGAAGUCGACAGUGAUGAAAUUAGUGAUGAAGAAAUAGAUAGCGAAGGGUCAUAUAGUGAAUAG